AUGCAGCGAACUACGCCGACCUCCUCCUCGACGCCCGUCUUCCCCGGCGCUCCCUUUUCCGUCGCCCUCUUCACCAACCCCGGCUCCUUCUCGAGGCCAUCAACCCGUGACGGCAGCGUCGAGCCGCUUCAUCACCCGCCGCAGUCACCCCCGCCGCCCAUUCCUACAUCCGCUCCCGUCAAGGAGUCUCGCAAGGCCUCCUUCUCGCGCAAAGCCUCGCUCUCCGGAACCGCGCGUAGGAGAGGCUCCUCCGUGGGCUCGGCGGCUGCUUCGAACCCCAAUGCCGUUGUCACAGACGCUGCCGCGCCGCCAGCACUGCCCGAGUACGCACUGCCCGCCGCAGCCAAGCUUCAAAACCGCGACAAGCGGGACGUGGGAGGUGUCGACGACAGCGUCCGAAGCCCCGUCAGUCCAAGCGGCGCAGCCGGCGGUCUUGCGAGCAUGAGCAGGACGAACACCGCUGCAGGGGGCGGCUACUUCCCGCCUCCCAUGUCGGCCGGGGCCACCGCCUCGCUGAAUAACACCGCCACCGGCACCUGGCAGCAGAGCGAAGCGAGCAUGAUACACGAGCAGAUGACCGACGUGGCCGCCAAGAGGAUAUCAACGCUGGAAUACCUGCGAAAGGCGCACGAGGGCCGGGUGUACUGGUUCAACACCUAUCUCUUUGAGCGGCCGGACCUGUCGCGGAUGCAGUGUCUCGACCCGCGCAAGCUCGCCCGCAAAGCGGCAAACUACCUCCUCCUCGGGCUCUCCAUCCCCACCGUCAUCGACCUGUACUCGUCCACGCCCAUCGAAUUCCUGCGCUGCCUCAACUCGCUGCUGUCGGAGUUUGAUUCCUUCCAGCAGCUCCACGGCGAUUCCUCGGCGGCCCACGCGCGGGCCCGGUUGCCAACCAUGUUUCGCCGCCCCGGCGGCAAGUCGCGGCGCUCCGGGUCGGCGGCGGACAUGCACCUCGACGACUCGCACGCGUUCCCUCACCCCAGCGGCGCCGGCGCCGGCAACACCACGCCGUCGGUCAUGAACUUUGCCGUCUCCGAGAGCGACCUCUUCCCCGGCGAGGAAUACACGUACCUCCUCACGCCCGCGCUCCCGUUUGAGCCCGACUUCGUGGAGACCUUUGCCACGCUGUGCGACGUCCUGAUCGACUGCUACUCGCGGCUGCUGGCCCUGGUGCCCACUCCGAAGGAGUGCUCCGCCCCGGUGGCCGAGCUCUUCGCCAAGGUCGACUCGAAGCUGCGCAAGAUCAUAGUGCAGGGCGUGGUGAAGGAGUUUGAAGACCACAGCAGAGCUCACGUCAAGACCGAGGUGGCCAGCAUCGGCAAGGUCGUCCUGGGGGGUCUAAUGUGA